GACAUCCGGGUUGGACGUCACAAGGUUAUGAUCGUCGCGGCAACAUGCGGAUCUCGCGGUGCUUAUUUUCAUUAAUAUUUGUAAAAAUUUAAUAAUUCAGUGAAUAAACAAUGUUACCGCGACUUUGUAAUAUUUGCCAAAGAAACUUUAAUCCAUCAAGAGUAAUUUUGAGAAAAUACAGUGCACAGUUGUCUCACUCAUCGGUGGAAGAAAUCAGUGAAGAAGAAUUCGAAAGAAAAUUGAAAAAUCCUGAAAAGAAAAAAGUCCCGAUAAUUACCUGCAAAAGGAGUGAAUUUAAUUUUUACAAAGGUCAAACUUAUCCCAAGUUUCAGGAAAUACCUUUAGCUUCAAAAGGAUGGAUGCACAAAGAAGCACGAGGAGAUUAUUUUACUAUUCAUCCGCCCGAAGAAAAUAUAGAAGAUGGAAUGCCGAACGAUGUCACGUUUCAUGAUUUGGGAAUUCAUCAAGAUUUGAUUGAUAAUCUAAAAAAUCAUUUUAGAAUUGAAACCCCGACGACAAUUCAACAAAAAGGUAUCCCUAAAAUCCUCAACUAUCAGAAUACAAAAUUGGCAGCAGAAACGGGAUGUGGAAAAACAUUGGCGUAUUUAUUACCGCUUGUUUCUCAAGUUCUCAAUUGGAAAAUGGCUGUCAAUCGAAAAUUUAAUCAUCCACUUGCAUUAAUUAUAACACCGAGCAGGGAAUUAGCAAUACAAAUUGGUAAAGAAGCAAAUAAAUUGACAAGGAACUUGAACGUAAGAACAAAAGUUGUCGUCGGUGGAGGUAUACGAAAAAAAGUAAACAAUCCAUCAGUUUCCGACGUCGAUAUUAUAGUUGCAACUUUGGGAGGUUUGAGUAAACUUACCACACUUGGAAUUUACAAUAUGAAUUUCGUCCGGCACGUGAUUUUAGACGAAGCUGACUCACUUUUCGACGAAACAUUUUACGACAAACUGAGGCAUUUUCUCCGAAAAAUAUCGUUUGGUCCUCUUGCGCAAUUUAAAAAUAACUUUCCGAAAUUUGCUCAGCUGACGUUAGUUUCUGCAACGAUGCCCCAACAUCUUGAAGAAAUUCUUCAGGAUAUUGUCGACCCCUCCUCGUUGGAGGAAGUAACUACGAACAAGUUGCAUCGUAUUUACGUGCCACAGAAAUUUUUAAGACUUGGUCCCCAACAGAAACCAAUGGCUUUACUAAAAUUGAUUAAGAAAAAAGCUGCAAAUAAAUGCCCCAUUAUUAUAUUCAGCAACGAUAGUGUGACUUGUGAUUAUGUGAGCAUGUUGCUUCACGAAUUUAAUGUGAGGAAUAUUCAUCUUAACGGGCAGAUGUCGAUUUUCCGAAGAAAGGGUAAAUUCGAGGAAUUCCAAACUGGAAGAUACAAUGUUCUUUGUACAACCGAUGCAGGAUCGAGAGGAUUGGACACCAUAAUCGCCAGAGAUGUUAUUAAUUACGAUUUUCCCCUACAAACAGUAGAAUACAUCCAUAGGUGCGGAAGAACUGCUAGGGUUGGAAGUCCCAAAGAUUGCAGAGUUGUCAAUUUCGUUGCCCAUCCGUUGGAAAUUAUUCUCACUCAGAAAAUCGAAAAAGCUACGAGGUCUAUGAAACCUCUUCCCAUGCUCGAUUAUUUGAAGCGAAAUUGGGUCCCGGAGGAAGAGGAAGAGGCAAGAAGUAGACCUGAUAAUUUAUCAGAUUACAGUGAAAAAGAUUUAAAAAGUAUAAUAGAAGAACCUGAUAUCCAGGAGAUGGUUGAAGUUAAUGAGAAAUAGAAAGAAGUGGAAUCGUGUACAUAGGCGUGUUGAGUAAAUUUAUAUUCAUUUUAUUAAA